AUGUUUUACUAUAUCUGUCUGCGGCGGCGCUCCAGGAGUGGGACUCGUGGGGAGGCGCUGACCAGUCGGCGAGCUGUGGAGUCGGGCCAGAGGGCAGCGUUACCUGUCAGUGUGGAGGUGGAGCAGUAUGCCAAGGAGGUGCUGGACUUCAGCUCCCACUAUGGCAGUGAGAACAGCAUGUCUUAUACCAUGUGGAACCUGGCUGGAGUGCCCAAUGUGUACCCCAGCUCUGGGGACUUUACGCAAACAGCCGUGUUUAGAACCUACGGGACGUGGUGGAAACAGUGCGCCAGUGCCCCGCCACCUUUCAGGCGCAUCCCUAAAGGCUUCCAUAGCAAGGAUUACAUUGAACUGGCAUUUGAGGAGCCUGUUUAUCCCACCUCCGUAGAAGUAUUUGAGACGUAUUACCCGGGAGCCAUUGUCCAGAUCCUGGCCUGCUCUCAUAACCCCUUUUCUCAGAAUCAACCAACAGAUGUAAGGUGGGAAGUGCUGUGGUCAGGGGAGCCCACAAAAGCACCAACGCCCCAAGCAAGGCAGUUUGCCCCAACUAUCAAACACAUAAACUUCCCCACAAACCUGCUGCGUCUGGAGGUCAAUAGCUCUCUGCUGGACUACUACACUGAGCUAGAUGCUGUUAUUCUGCGAGGUGUGAAGGAGCGGCAGAUGCUUGCUCUCUAUAAGCUGCCUAUUAUUGACAUUAAUGACCUCAGUGACGGCGAAGAGGAGCUCACAGAUGUGGGAGUCCCGUUUGGGAAAGACACUGAAAGAACACAAAAUGGUUACUUUGAAAAACUCCCCUAUGAGCUCAUCCAGCUGAUCUUGAGCCACCUGAGCCUGCCGGACCUGUGCCGUUUGGCCCAGAGCAGCAAACUGCUUCAGCAACAUUGCUAUGACCCUCUGCAGUACACCCAGCUGAGCCUGCAACCGUACUGGGCCCGUCUGAAUGAUGCUUCGCUGGGACACCUGCAAAGCCGCUGCACUCUGCUCCAGAGGCUCAACCUGUCCUGGACUGGCCACAGGGGGGCGCUCACACUCACAGGCAUCAGCAGCUUCCUGAAGGUGUGUGGGCAGAACUUGGUGUGUUUGGAGCUCUCGUGCUGUCAUUUCUUGAAUGAGGCGUGUUUGGAAGUGGUGUCUCAGACCUGCACACAGUUACAGGAGCUCAACUUGUCAUCAUGUGACCGCCUCAGCCCACAGGCCUUUACUCACAUCUGUAAAUUCACUCAUCUGCGCAGACUGGUGCUCUACAGAACCAAGAUUGAGCAAACUGCUCUUCUAAGUAUCUUGACUUUCUGCGUGGAGCUGAGGCAUUUAAACCUUGGGAGCUGCGUGAGGAUUGACGACUAUGACGUUGUUGCCAGUAUGCUGGCCGCCCGCUGUCGCUCCCUCCGCUCUCUGGACCUCUGGCGCUGCCGAAACCUGACAGACCGAGGACUGGCUGAACUCGCCUUUGGCUGCAAGAUGCUGGAGGAGCUGGACCUGGGCUGGUGUCCCACUCUCCAGAGCAGCACUGGGUGUUUCCAGCAGCUCGCCCGCAGUCUGCCCCGGCUCUCUAAACUCUUCCUCACUGCAAACCGCUCUGUGUGCGACUCUGACAUUGAGGAGCUGGCGAGAUGCUGCCCCUCACUGCAGCUCCUCGACAUACUCGGAACUCGUCUUGUGAGCGCCGCUGCAUUGAAGAAACUGCUCCAGGCCUGUCCUCUGCUGCGCCUGCUGGACGUCUCCUUCUGCUCCCAGAUCGACAUGCGCGUGGUGCAGGAGCUCUCCGGACAGUUCCCCCUCGUGUCCAUAAAGAAGAGCUUCACACAGUGA